UCAAAACGGUCCCAUUAACAAGUCGCACCGAACAUAUCGAGCACCGGGUGCCGUGUGCCAGCCAAACCCUGCAGCUGCAGCUUCCCCAAGUUUUGGGAUGGGUCUCGACCGAAGCAUCUUCAAAUAAACACGACGAGAACAAACAAGGCGGGAUGAGUUGAAGGGGAGGGGGAUUUAGGCUGAAUCGCAGGGGUGAAACCGCGCUGGUGGCACGAAGCACGGAGGAAGGUGCCAGUGGGUGCCAGGUGGAGCCCACGCUGAGCUCCUGGUCUUGGGACACUUGGGGCAGGGUUUGGGCAGGGUGGUGGCAUCUCACCUCCUGCUUCCCUUUGUCCGAGCCUCUGAUGCUUAUCUGGCUGGGAGGAGGCAACCGUACCUGCGCUUUCGGGGCUUUUUUUGGGGGAAAAACCCCAUAAAAACUUGGAGCUUGUGUUUAAAGGGCUGGGGUAGAAAGCCUGGGGGUUGUUCUGGGAAAAAUGACGUUACCGAUGGCAUCGCCCUGUGAUGUUGCAGGACGCUUCCUGGGAAGAAACGCAGCGCACGGCUCCAUCGUGAGCUCCUCCGUGCGGGUUUUCAUCACCUCCCAGGGUUUGCUCAUUCCCUGCUUCAUCCCUUCCCACCUUUCCUGGUCCACCAGGGUGGGAUUUCUCCUCCGGCUGGGGACGUAUGAACGUCCAGAUAAAUCCUGCCCACGUACAGGGACCCCAGCUCUACACGUACAGGGCGCCCAGCAGCAUCCCCAACUUGAACUAAUUUGGGAGACAGCUGAUAACGGUUUCAAUAACUCUUCUUUGUGCUCUUUUUUUUUUUUCAGGUCAACAUGGAUUUGUGGUUCUUCGUCCUUUUGCUGGGAAGUGGCCUGAUCAGCGUAGGUGCUCACAAUGUUACAACAGAGCCCCCCACCGCAGCGCCCACCUCCUCCAGGAGCCCCAGCAGAGCUCCUACGGCAGCUCCCGAGGACGGCAGGACGACGAGCGCCCACGGCCUCAACGCCAGCUCUCCGGCGGCUGCUUCCACCCUGCCGUCGGAGCUGGCUACGACCACAGCCCCCAGCAUCUCCCCCAACGCCACCACCGUCGUCCCCAACGCCUCCACCCCGGGGAUGCCGGUGCCCACCCCAGUGCCUCCGGCCACCCCGCUGCUGCCCAGCGCCACGCCGCCUGCCCCCAGCACCGCGGCCCCCAGCACCGAAGCGGAGGUGACCGAGGGGAACGUCAGCGCCACGGUGCCGAGCCAGGAGACCUCUUCUGCUUCCCACAACAGUAACUCCGACAGAAGAGAUGAGACUCCAAUUAUUGCUGUGAUGGUGGCCCUGUCUUCCCUCCUAGUCAUAGUAUUUAUUAUUAUUGUGCUGUACAUGUUAAGGUUCAAGAAAUACAAGCAAGCAGGGAGUCACUCCAACUCCUUCCGCUUGCCCAACGGCCGGACGGACGAUGCAGAGCCUCAGAGCAUGCCGCUGCUCGCCAGGUCCCCCAGCACCAACAGGAAAUACCCACCUCUGCCCGUCGACAAGCUGGAAGAGGAGAUCAACCGCCGGAUGGCAGAUGACAACAAGCUCUUCCGAGAAGAGUUCAACGCUCUCCCAGCGUGUCCCAUUCAGGCCACGUGUGAAGCUGCUUCCAAGGAGGAGAACAAGGAGAAGAACCGAUACGUGAAUAUUUUGCCCUAUGAUCAUUCCAGGGUUCACCUGACUCCCGUCGAAGGGGUUCCUGACUCUGACUACAUUAAUGCCUCCUUCAUUAAUGGGUACCAAGAGAAAAACAAGUUCAUUGCUGCACAAGGACCAAAGGAAGAAACGGUGAAUGACUUCUGGAGGAUGAUCUGGGAGCAAAACACGGCAACGAUCGUGAUGGUGACCAACCUGAAGGAGAGGAAGGAGUGUAAAUGUGCUCAGUACUGGCCGGAUCAGGGCUGCUGGACCUACGGGAACAUCCGGGUGUCCGUGGAGGACGUGACGGUGCUGGUGGACUACACCGUGCGCAAGUUCUGCAUCCAGCAGGUAGGCGACGUCACGAACAAGAAGCCUCAGCGCCUCGUGACGCAGUUCCACUUCACCAGCUGGCCCGACUUCGGGGUGCCCUUCACUCCCAUCGGGAUGCUGAAGUUCUUGAAGAAGGUGAAGACGUGCAACCCCCAGUACGCAGGAGCCAUCGUGGUGCACUGCAGCGCCGGGGUGGGACGCACGGGCACUUUCAUCGUCAUCGACGCCAUGCUGGACAUGAUGCACGCUGAGAGGAAGGUGGACGUUUACGGCUUCGUCAGCCGAAUCCGGGCUCAGCGCUGCCAGAUGGUACAGACAGAUAUGCAGUAUGUGUUCAUAUACCAAGCGCUCCUGGAGCACUAUCUCUACGGCGACACGGAGCUGGAGGUGACUUCGUUAGAAAUCCACCUCCAGAAGAUCUACAACAAAGUGCCAGGGACCAGCAGCAACGGCCUGGAAGAGGAGUUCAAGAAGCUGACUUCGAUCAAAAUUCAGAACGACAAGAUGAGGACGGGCAAUUUGCCGGCAAACAUGAAGAAGAACAGGGUGCUUCAGAUAAUUCCAUAUGAAUUCAACCGAGUAAUCAUUCCAGUGAAGAGAGGUGAAGAAAACACAGACUACGUAAAUGCGUCCUUCAUUGACGGUUAUCGCCAGAAGGAUUCCUACAUCGCCAGCCAAGGGCCGCUGCAGCACACGAUAGAGGACUUCUGGAGGAUGAUCUGGGAGUGGAAAUCCUGCUCCAUCGUGAUGCUGACGGAGCUGGAGGAGAGAGGCCAGGAGAAGUGCGCCCAGUACUGGCCCUCCGACGGCUCCGUGUCCUACGGAGACAUCACCGUGGAGCUGAAAAAAGAGGAGGAGUGCGAGAGCUACACGGUGCGGGACCUGCUGGUGACCAACACCAGGGAAAACAAGAGCCGACAGAUCCGGCAGUUUCAUUUCCACGGCUGGCCCGAGGUUGGGAUCCCCAGCGACGGGAAGGGGAUGAUCAACAUCAUCGCGGCUGUGCAGAAGCAGCAGCAGCAGUCGGGCAACCACCCCAUCACUGUGCACUGCAGUGCCGGAGCAGGAAGAACGGGAACCUUCUGUGCGCUGAGCACCGUCCUGGAAAGGGUGAAGGCAGAAGGGAUUCUCGACGUCUUUCAGACGGUGAAGAGCUUAAGACUACAGAGGCCGCAUAUGGUGCAGACACUGGAACAGUACGAAUUCUGCUACAAGGUGGUGCAGGAAUACAUCGACGCCUUCUCAGACUACGCCAACUUCAAGUGAAAAAAAUACAAAAAAAAAAGAAAAAAAAAGACAAAAAAUGACAGAAGAGUUGCCUUCUUUAAUAUUUUGUAAUAUUCUGUUUGUUAAUAUACCCCCCCAGAAUAUGUGUAUAUAUCUUAACUGUUUUAGAGGUUGGUACCACGAGCUUCAUCUUAGCUGGAGAUUUUAUAUGUAGCAAAGUGUUAGUGCAGAUACUGUCGGCUCCUUUUUUUUUCCAAUGUUUUAUUGGGGAAUUAAAUAGCGUGAUGUUUGGA